GAACUGGAACUCAGCAAAGCAAGCAAACGUGUAAGGGAUUUCUUGGAUUCAUGUCAGAGGAACGACAUUAACAAUCUGUCCAAGUACACGGGUAGGACAAAAGGGGCGGAAAUGAGAGGGUAGCGAGGGACACCUACAUCAACUCAUACAUGCCAGAGGCACCAACAAGCUCUUUAACACUACCCUUCCAAAAGAUUAUGGCUCCGUGUAUGAAAUGGCUGUUGAACUGCAAGAGAUUUUUAAUUUUAUUUAUCACACCCCUGCUGCUGCUGCCACUGCCACUUCUAAUUAAAACAAAGGAAGCCAGCUGUGCUUAUUGCAUCAUCCUAAUGGCAGUCUACUGGUGUACAGAAGUGAUUCCUCUUGCUGUCACUGCACUGCUACCCGUUCUACUGUUUCCAAUGUUUGGAAUUCUGGAAUCUAAAAAGGUGUGCAUGCAGUACCUUAAAGACACAAAUAUGCUUUUUGUGGGAGGUCUAAUUGUGGCUGUGGCAGUGGAACACUGGAACCUACACAAGCGCAUUGCUCUGAAAGUUCUACUCAUUGUUGGCGUGAGACCUGCUCUACUUAUGUUGGGAUUUAUGGGGGUCACUGCAUUCCUUUCGAUGUGGAUAAGUAACACUGCCACCACAGCCAUGAUGGUUCCUAUUGUCCAGGCUGUUCUGAGCCAGCUCAACACCGCUGGAGAGGAUCCAUCCAUGUUGGAAUCUUUGGAAGGACAGACCAACCCAGCACUGGAGCUAGAGACAAAAAAUGCCAUACCUCUGGAACCAGUUCAGAUUGUGAGUAAUGGGCAUGUGGCAGAAAUCCCUGAGGAAGCCCCUGAGAAAGAUGAGAGAAAACGUAUCUCUAAGGGAAUGAUGCUGUGUGUAUGUUACGCUGCAAGCAUUGGGGGGACUGCCACAUUAACGGGGACAGGGCCAAACCUUGUGCUAAAAGGGCAAUUUACCCAAAUUUUUCCAAACAACGGAGAUAUUUUGAACUUUGCUUCAUGGUUUGGGUUUGCAUUUCCCAACAUGGCUGUUAUGUUGUGCAUGAGCUGGUUCUGGCUGCAGUUUUCCUUUAUUGGAUUCAACUUUAAGAAGACAUGGGGAUGUGGAGCUACGACCUCUGAAAAAGAAAGAGCAGCAUAUAACGUGAUCCGGGAAGAAUACCGCAAACUUGGACCCAUUUCCUAUGCUGAGUCUAGUGUGCUGUUUCUCUUCAUUCUACUGGUGUUGCUUUGGUUUACCAGAGACCCUGGCUUUGUCAUCGGCUGGGCUACAAUUCUCUUCAAUAAAGACAACAUAGAGUAUGUAACUGAUGCUACGGUAGCUGUGUUUGUUGCUUUUCUACUGUUUAUUCUACCAGCUUCCAGACCAAAGAUUAGCUGUUGUAAAGCAAGAAAGAGCUUUGAUCUAGAAGAAUUUGAACAAGCAGAAGAGAAAGACACAUUUUUUUCUGCGCCACUACUAACGUGGAAGGUGGUCCACAAGCAGAUGCCCUGGAGCAUUGUGCUUCUCCUGGGGGGAGGAUUUGCUUUGGCCAAAGGGAGCGAUGCUUCUGGUCUAUCUCAUUGGCUGGGACAACAAAUGGCCCCUCUGCACACUAUUCCACCUUGGGCAAUUGCUAUUAUCUUGUCUCUGAUGAUCGCUGUAUUCACCGAAUGUGCCAGCAACGUUGCCACUGCAACACUUUUUCUGCCUAUCCUUGCUUCCAUGACCAGAUCCAUUGGGGUUAAUCCGCUGUACAUCAUGAUUCCCUGCACACUCAGCACAUCUUUUGCCUUCAUGCUUCCUGUGGCCACACCCCCAAAUGCCAUUGUCUUCUCUUAUGGGCAUCUCCGCGUUUCAGAUAUGGUAAAAACAGGUAUUGUCAUGAACAUCAUUGGAAUUAUUUGUACAACGUUAGCUAUCAACACCUGGGGACGUCCUAUGUUCAGCCUAGACACAUUUCCACAAUGGGCCAACAUCACAGACUAGAAAGACACUAUUUUUAGGAAUUACAAGACUGUGACCCUGAGGCAUUGCCAUCAUUCUGCAGGCCAUAUUAUCAAUGCAUCUUUUAAAAACUACUGUAAAGAUAGCACAAAGAUCCAAAUCCUUUAUCUUCAUAGCCAAGCAAUUGUGCAGAUUUCAUGUACCUGUUCAGAUAAAGAAAUGAAAACUC